AUGCUUGAUCACAAUGAAUCUGUCUCAUUGCCAAAUUAUCCUCUAGGGUUUGACUUGAAUUAUCCCAAAGUAGAUUUUACACAGCAAGACAUGCAUUCAGAUACAUUCUUUGUAGUCCACAAUCCAGGCAAAGAGCUCAAAAACAUAGAAGAACCAGCCCAUGGUGACCUUGGCCAAAAAAUCCAUCAUGAAUCAAAAAGCAUCAUCCUUCCAACCUUUGCAGCACAUCCUCACAAUCCAAUUGAAGCAAUUGAUUACAUGGGUUAUAGUAAGCAAUCCACACUAGGUUCUCAAGUUGGUAAUCAUGCAGAAGUACUGGUCACAGACAACCUUGGGAAUAGUAUUUAUCCUUCAUCCCAGCACACCAAGUCUGAUUGCCCAAUACCAAACCUCUCCAAUUAUCAUAUAUGCAUUGACAAUAAUAAUCCAUAUAUGGAUCAAGACAGGAAUCCUCUGCAAUUAUUUGAAAGCCAGCAUUCUUUGGGAGAAAUAGCUCAUAAUCUAAAAAGUGUUCAAUAUUCUGUGGGUCCAGAGAUGGAAGCUGAACAUGGAUAUAACUCAAAGAAACGGAAGAUAUGUGCACUGAAUGCUGAGAAGACAAAUCAUGAAAAUGCAUCCAAGAAGCUGUCUGCAGAAACAACUUCAGCCUUCACUGAUGAUAGUGUAAAAAACAGAGGGAAACAUUCAUAUCAAUUAUGGAGAGAUGACAGGACAAGCCAAGGACCAUUUUCUGAAAAUGAUGGUUCAAAUUCAAUCCUUCAAAAUAAUUUGAGGGAAUUACACAAUACACCAAACCAUAUAAAAUCCUUCUGUGAGGCAAGGAUUUCAUACGGUUCAAGAGACCAAUUUUAUCUGCUGCAGAAGAUUGGAAUUAUCCAAGUUAACAGGUCUUCAAAUCUGUGUUAUGAGAUAUUUGAUGCUUUCUAUGAUAUAUAUGAGAAAAUGAAGUUAAGGUUUGGAGAGAAUCCUAAAGCAAUCAAAGCUGCAGCUUUGGCCGUGAAGAAUGCUGGGUAUGCAAUUGUUAUGGUAUUCCUUGGAAUUUUAAGAGUGUUUGAGGCUGAAAUACAUGUGAAGGAUGAUCUUGAGAUCCUUCUUACUGAUGGUUGGCAGUACAUGAAAUCAUUUUUUGAAACCUGGAAAAAUGUUGAGGUUGAAGAUCUGGGUUUAGGGAGAGCUACUCAAUUUACCUUGCAGCUUUUCUCAGACCCCAAAUUCCACCUGAAAUACUUGAAGGAUAUUAAAAGUGAUAAGAACAUAUCAUGCUCACUGGUCCAUCUGCUUUCUCUUGAUUGGGCUGAAAAGACAGGAAGAUCAAGAAUACCCAAAGGAAAACUAUCCCCCUAUUCAGAAAGAAUCCUGGAGAUAUACAAAACUGACUCCAAUUUGAUUGAAGGAGGACUGUAUGAGAGGAUGGGUAUCAGGAAUGAAGCCUUCUGGGGACCAGAGCAAUUUUCAAGAUCAAGAUGGCAUUUGCAUGGGGAAGAAGAAGCAUUGUCUCAGAAUUUCAUUGCCUUGAGUUCCAAUGCUGCACAGUUUCAUACACCUAUUGGAAGAGAGAUGUGUAGAGAUGUUCACACAUUUUUUGAGGAGCUGAUUCAUGAUAUAAAGAGUCACUAUGAUUUGAUCAAUGGAAAUCACACUUCAUCUGGUCUUCCACCUCAAUCACUGAAGCAUCUUGCUCUCAUGACCAGGGCUGUCAGUAUGGCCGAGUACAAAGUGACUCCUGUGUAUAUUGGCAUGAUCAAAAUUCUCAAUCAAAAACACUUAACAGAGUCACAACUUCAAAAGUUGCUCCUAAAUGCAUGGAAGUUUCUCAAGGAAGUCUUUUCUCAAUGGAGGAUGUUAAAUCUUCAAAACAAACAUCUGAAAUGCUCCUACAACUACAAAUCCAGUGAAGUGAAUCCUGUCAUUGGAUUUGAUGAUCCCAAUGCUAUGUUCUGGAGCCUUGCUGGGUUCAGAAACAAGAAUCUUGUUCCAAGACUCUUUAUUGUUUAUCUUUUGAACUCUUGGAAGAAAGAGAUUACUGAAGGUUCACAGGGAUAUAUAGGGUUUCCAGUCCAAGAUAUACCUUCAGGAAGCAUCGUAGAUUGGAAUUUGAACUGUGGGAAAUGA